UUUGUUUUCCAAGGAUCCUCGGAUGGUUGACUACCAAAAACAAGAACAAAAAAAUGAAUCUUGAUCCUUUUAACCCCCCCCCCCCCCCAAGGAAGCGUAAAGUUGUGCACCCAAGGCUUAUCCCGACAAAACGAGAGGUGCAGAUGCCAUGUCUUGUUAGUUUAGGGCAUAGGGAAUCUGUGCAUGAUGAAUUGAUUGAUCAGAUAAAAGAAGAAUUGGCUGGAGCCACAACCAUCAUAAGGGCUGGUGUUGUUGAUGGUGGUGGUGGUGGUGAUGGUGAUGGUGAUGGUGAUGUUAAUGCUGUUGGUGAUGGUGCUGGUGAUGCUGUUGAUAUGAAUAUUGUUGUUGAUGUUGCAAGACAAGCAGUGGAAGGUCUUGCUGAUAAAAGAAGAGAUGAUGAUGGUGGUGGUGAUGGAGUUGGUGGUGGAGUUGGUGGAUAUACUCCCCAAGUGGUGGUGGUGGGCAGACCACAGAUAUCCCUUAUAGGUUGGGUAGAUAUUCUUCGGUUGGUGCCGGUUCCUCCAAGGUGUAUUCUUGUGCUUGUGAAUGCGUACUUGCAGUCGAAAAUGGAGGGUUUGAUAAAUAAGGUUGAAGAGUUGCUUCAGGCACAAAAAGAUACGAAUUCAGCUAUAAAGAGUUUGAUGUCCAAGAGGGGUGUCCAACCAUCCAAAAAGCUCAGCUCACCCUACACUCCUAUUGGGAUUCGCAAGAGGGCAAAAACAAUUUCCAAGGCACUUGCUGAUUGUAGAGCAAGGAAAACAAGUACUCCACAGAAGUCUAUUGCUACUCCUCCUGCUGAAGUUGUGCCACAAGUGCUGAAAAAAGUUGAUAUCUUCAAGCGUGUAAACCCCAAAAAAAAAAAAAAAGGUUGAAACCUUGAUCAAAUCCAAAAAGGGUGGGAGAGCACUAUACUCAAUGCAUGAAUUUGGGGCAGAAGACUUCAAGGUUAUGACAAACAUGCACGAAUGGU